AUGACCCCUAUAUUCGAUCCUAAGCCCCGGAAUACAGAAACGCAUAACGAAUCAGGAGAUGAGCCGGAUAUGCUUCGCGGAUUGAAAUCCGACCUUAGGACAGUUAAGGAAACAUUCCAAUUAAAUGAGGUACCAAAGGAGGUCCUAUACAUCGGUUUUGGUGGCUUAGUCCCAUAUCUCGGAACAUCUCUAUCAACGCUUUACCUUGCAUGGGAUAUAAACUAUUCGCAGGAAAAUGGCAUUGGAUAUUUAAUCAGCGAAGAAACGGCGGGGCACCUUCUCCACAUUUUGGAACCAUUACAGGUUGGACUAGGUGCCGUUAUUUUAUCGUUUUUGGGCGCUGUUCACUGGGGGUUAGAGAUGGCAGAGUAUGGCGGCAAACACUCUUAUAAACGUUAUUUGCUGAGUAUUCUAGCGCCGGUAAUUGCUUGGCCAACAUUAUUACUGCCUGUCAAUAUAGCUUUGAUUGCUCAAUUCGUUGGGUUUACCGGGAUGUAUUUCGCAGAUUCGACAGCAACAAGUAAAGGGUGGGCACCAAGGUGGUAUAUGACCUAUAGAUUCUUAUUAACAUUCGUUGUGGGUGCAUCUAUCGUGAUGACCUUGGUUGGGCGUGGUCAGAUCGGGGAUAGAGUCUCAAAACUUCCGGGUCCUGCGGCCUAUCUUCAGGACCUGCGUGAUUCCCAAUGGGAAAAUCUGCAAAAGGAAGAAAACGAACGUAAAAUGAGAGUUGUAAGAGAGAAGAUGGAAGAGGCGGAGGCGCAGAAAGAGCGGGACGCCGCCGAUGAGGAAGAAAACGACGCUAACGAAGACGACAAAGACGGCAAAGACGAUAAAGAUGAUAAAGACGACGAAGACGGCGAUGAUAGUUCGAAGAAGGAAAACAGAAAUGAUACCAAGAAAGGAUCUGGAAAAGAGCAAAGGAGUGAAGGAAAAAGUAAAGAUAAAAAAGCGAAGGAUGAGAAAUCCUAG